AUGAAUCGACUGGUGAUGAAUGCCUCUACGCCGAUCGCCGAUACCGUCUCUUCAUACACCUGUAAGCAAAGUCUGCAGGCAUUCCUGCCUUCACGAGUUGCAGCAUUGUCACAUGUAGUGGAGAGAAUUGGCUCCCUAGCCAUGACCACUGCCGAUCGGCUGGUAGAGGCAGCAAGACAAAGGAACUUGAAACUCCUUAAGGAGCUCGCGUGGGACCUCCGCUUCGACGUGUUAACUGUGGUUGCUGCUGCCACAAAGGAGACACCCAAGACGUUAGACGCGAUAGGAUCCUGUUUUCGAGACUGGACUUUCGUGGGUGCACUGCAUAACGCAAAACAGCUCGACACGAUCAAACUUCUUUACAGGUGGAUAAAAGGAAGGGAGAAGAUGAACGCCUUACCGUCGAUGCUACAGAUAGCUGCUACCCAAGGAAGUUUUGACAUUUUGGAGUUUGCGUCCGAGCGUAUCGUUGUCGAGUUUUUGGGUAAAGAUCCCGACAAGUGGCUAACGCGCAGAGAACGACGGCGUAAGUUGAGCAAAAUUGUGCGGGUCCUGCAGACAUUCCAGUCGGUCCAGCGGUGGUUCCACCGAGCAUUUUACAGCGCGUUUCGAAAGGGGCACAGAGAUUUCGCAGACAGGAUUUACGCCACUUAUCCUAGUUAUCCAGCUUGCAUCAAGGAUAAAUUGUUCCAAACUGCCAUGAGGGUUGGCUGGGUUGAAAUUGUGAAAUUCAUCUUCUGCAAAGGACGCAUUAACGCUGAAGCAAGUAAUCGAGCUUUUAAAGGCCCAGCAGAUUGUCGACGCUGUGAUAUUUUGGCGUUUCUCCUGGAGAAUGCAGAUAUUUCAGUGGAGUCCGUAGAGGGGGCAUUCACGAGAGCUAUUCGUUCCAGAUCGAUCGACGUGGCCACUCUACUCCGCUCAACCAAGCGAGUCUUCCCAACGCUGCUAAACGAAUUAUUCGAGGAUGCUGUAUAUCUGGAUAUCGUUCAGGUUUUAUACGACGGGGAACUCAUUUCGACCGACGUGAUGGAGUCUACCUUUCAGAAAGUAGCGGGUGCCUGUAUGGCAGACGCAUGUGGAGAUCGUGCUGAGGUGACCCAGUUCAUCUCAGACAGCGGGCGGAUUCCGCGGGAGACGGUCGAGAAGGCCUUUGUGAAGGCUGCCAAUGCGAAUAGUUCUAUCCUUGUAGAUGCGCUGUGCAGGAACCAAGUUAUGCGUGGUGAUGUUAUUGCGAUGGUGUUCAAGGAUGCCUGCGCUAGCGGCAAAUUGAAAAUUGUGAAAGUGUUGUGCAAAAAUGGUCGCAUUUCCCCGGAGCUGGCCGCCAAGAUGUUAGGGACAGCGAUUCGACGUGGUCGUCUCAAUAUCGCGAACUUUCUUUGGGGGCAGGAGUGGAUUCCUUACAAGUAUUUCAGCCAAGUGUUCAUCGAUGCUGCCAAGACGGGUGACAUACAAGUUGUGGAUUGGUUUAGUAGCCACAACCGAGCUUCACGUGAGUCCAUGGCGGUGUGCUACUUCAUCUGGUUCUACCGCUUGUGUGUCGAUCAUCUCCACUACAAUGCGACAACGCGAAAACUCGAGAAGCAAGGAUUACUUCGAGCCAUUGUCAGCGGGGACCGUCUCCAGUAUACAGAGCAAGAAAGAGGAGGUCGAAAGCAUUCAAUCAGACAAGAAUUUCUACAAAGAAUGAUGGUUUGGUUCUCAAACAAAAUUGUGAAAGUGUUGUGCAAAAAUGGUCGCAUUUCCCCGGAGCUGGCCGCCAAGAUGUUAGGGACAGCGAUUCGACGUGGUCGUCUCAAUAUCGCGAACUUUCUUUGGGGGCAGGAGUGGAUUCCUUACAAGUAUUUCAGCCAAGUGUUCAUCGAUGCUGCCAAGACGGGUGACAUACAAGUUGUGGAUUGGUUUAGUAGCCACAACCGAGCUUCACCUCUUGCGACCGCCAGUGCUACUUCAUCUGGUUCUACCGCUUGUGUGUCGAUCAUCUCCACUACAAUGCGACAACGCGAAAACUCGAGAAGCAAGGAUUACUUCGAGCCAUUGUCAGCGGGGACCGUCUCCAGUAUACAGAGCAAGAAAGAGGAGGUCGAAAGCAUUCAAUCAGACAAGAAUUUCUACAAAGAAUGA